CUCGUUCCCCCAACCCGACAUUCAAGGUCAUCACCUCGCACUCGUUAUGAUACAGUCUACGCCGGAGAGUCUGAUCAUAUAGCUAUGAGCUCUCUACUCAGACCCCAAAUAUACAGGCGAUGUCAUCAGAAUAAGCCCCUCCAUAUCGCGGCCGAUAAGAUCCAACAAUGGGCUCAGUCUGUCUCGAGCAAGCAGUUGACAGUCUCGCAGACCCUAAGUUCAGAUCACAUUUCGGAUCUGUAUGUGACUCUACCUACCAGAGAUGGUACGGCGAGUCCAAGGCAACUUCCUGGCGACGGGCAGAACCUGGGAUACGGCCACCAUCUUGUGUUCUUCCACGCUCGUAAUCCUGAACGGGAUCUCCGCUGGGAUGGCACGGAUGCCGACUUCUGUCCUCCUGAACCGUACACGCGACGGAUGUGGGCGGGGGGCAGGAUGGUGUGGAAGAAGCCUUUGGUCAUCGGUCAGAAAGCUGUAUCGACAUCCACAGUCGGCUCUGUAGAACAUAAGGGUCUGGAGAAAGGCAGUCCAAUGGUCUUUGUAAGACAGAAGAUCGCCAUUCAGCAGGCUGGGAGCGACGAAGUAUGCAUUGAAGAGGAGAGGACUCAUGUUUACCUGCCUACUACCACUGGAAAGAGGGCGUCUAGGCCAAAGCUAGCAGAGAAACUGCCGCCCUCUAGUUUCUCGUUCACUUAUACUCCGAGCCCCACGACGCUGUUCCGCUUUUCAGCCUUGACGUUCAAUGGCCACUAUAUCCAUCUUGACAAAGAUUACGCUCAGCAACGAGAAGGGUAUCCGGAGCGGCUGGUUCACGGGCCCUUGACCGCGUUAAUGAUGCUAGAGACUGCGACCAUGUAUAAGCAGGGUGCCCAGUUCCUGGAUUUCGAGUACCGCGCUGUUAGUCCGCUCGUGGUUGGCCAACCGAUUACUCUUCAGGUCGCAGAGAACGGGAAUACGACCAUGCGUUUGUGGGCGGAGGGGGCAGACGGAGUAGUUGGUAUGACGGGGACGUUGUUAUAUGCCUAGAUAAUGUUGUUGGCUCGACAUGAAGCGUGUCAGGAUUGCACCAGGAUAUAUAGGACAGAUAGAAUAGCUGUGAGAAACC